AUGGGGCCUGGGGUGGGGGACUGGGGCCGCCUGCUGCUGACUGUGACUGCUGUCCUGACACUGCCCAUGAGGCCCCCAGGCUCCUGGGGGGCACAGAUCAUUGGGGGCCACGAGGUGACCCCCCACUCCCGGCCCUAUAUGGCAUCCGUGAAGUUCCAGGGCCAGCACAACUGCGGAGGCUUCCUGCUGAGGGCCCGCUGGGUCGUGUCGGCUGCCCACUGCUUCAUCGGCCGAGACCCCGGGACAGGCCUGGUAGUGCUGGGAGCCCAUGCCUUGCGCACUGUGGAGGCCACACAACAGGUGUUCAGCAUCUCCGCUGUCAUCACACACCCAGACUACCAGCCCACCACGCACACCAGUGACAUCUGUCUGCUGCAGCUGAACAGCUCUGCCACCCUGGGUCCUGCCGUGGGACUACUGGGGCUGCCGCGGAGGGGUGCCAGGCCUCCCCGGGCUGGGAUGCGCUGCAAGGUGGCUGGCUGGGGCUCCGUGUCUGACUUCGAGGAACUGCCCCCCGGGCUGAUGGAAGCCGAGGUCCGUGUGCUGGAGCUGGACGCCUGCAACAGGUCCUGGAAGGGGCAGCUGAGCCCUGCCAUGCUCUGCACCCGCAGUGGGGACCGCCGGCGACGUGGCUUCUGCUCGGCGGACUCUGGAGGACCCCUGGUAUGCAGAAAUCGGGCCUAUGGCCUCGUCUCCUUCUCUGGCCUCUGGUGUGGGGAUCCCAAGACACCCGAUGUGUACACACAGGUGUCCGCCUUCGUGACUUGGAUCUGGGACGUGAUUUGGCAUGGCCAGCGUGGCUCCCAGCCCAGGACCACUGGGGGCCGGCAGGCGUUGUCUGAACCACAGCAGCACCGGGUACACCACUGA